AUGAGUUGGUCCAACACCAGCAAACACAUCUUGUCGCUCCAGCAGCCCCAUUCGAUCAAUCUUGCGACAUCCACAACAGCUCAAGUCGCCAUGAGGGGGCACGUUAUCUCAGCCGCAGGCGAUGUCAUCGUCGAGCCCAUCGAAGAAGCAGUCGUCAUAUACGACAGAUUGCUCAAGGAGCUACGCAAGUUCAUGGUGAAUCGCAAGGCCGAGCCUGGCAAGUCUCAUGGCCUUGAGUUUACCAUGUUCACCAUCGACAAUGGCCUUCAAAACAUUCUCCAGGGACCAGAGUAUCGCUACUUUGCAUCCCUCGCAAACAGACCCGGCCCAGACUCUAUCGAAGCAUUCAACCAGAUCAUCUCCAAGACCACUCAGCAAAGCGUCAACACAAUCAACGCAAUGCUCCCUCACGUCAUCUACAAGAUCUCGGAUUCUCCAGAGACUCCCGUCACCCUUCCCAACAAGAUGAUUGAUGCAAGCCCAGCUGAGCUCUUUGAGACGAUUGUCCCUCGCCUCAAGUUGGGCAACGACAUCCACAUGACCUUCAAGAGAGUCGGCAAGGUUACUCUUGACAAUGUGCAGCGCUUGAAAGAGCAGAACGAGAUCUGGCUGCAGCUCUGGGAAGGCGGCUUGGAGCAAUUCGAACCUAUGCUCGUCAGACUCAGCUUUGAUCAGGUCAAGAACGCUAUGCUGAAUCUGGAAAGAACGACGACGGCUUGCCUGCGUACUAUCCACACUCAUCAGAUGAAGAAGGGCUGGUAA